AGUUCAUAGGUCGACUUUAGGAUGCGAAGAUCGCGACUUUCCUUUGCAUUAUUUCAUCUUUUACAACGUAAUCGUAGUAAAAAGUGAGGAACUCGAUAAAUGUGUUUUUGAUAUGAUUGUUGUACGAAUUCUAGUACGAAGUUCAUUUCAAUUUUAAUACGAGACAUUGUUAAGAUCAACGAUAUGCAAAAAGAAAGAUCUUCUCGGAAAAAUUUCGAUCAAAGUUACUUGAAAUAGAGCCUCUCGUCGAAAGAAGGAACUUAUAGGAGUUUUAAAAGUAGAAGGGUCGUCACUCGUGUGUCGUCGAUCCGACCAAUCGAAACUCGGCUAUGAAAUAACUUGAAGAGGAAGGAAGAGCAAGUGAAAAGAAGAAGAUAAGACGGAGGAAAAGAAAAGGGUGGGAGAAAUAGGAGAAAGAACACGCAUGUGGGUUAUCGGUUUGUUACGUACGAUAUAUACGACUAAACGUAAGGAAACAUAAGGAUAGGGAGAGGGAUUAAGAAGAACGAAAGAGAAGAGAAAACAUAAGGAAAAAGAGAGAAAAAAAAAGAAAACAAGAUUUAUCGAAGUAGGUGGGAGCACACGAGAACACAAACACGUCGGCAAAAUACUUGAUCGAUCAGUCUUCCUCCAGCGUUCUCCUGGGAUCUGUUGGAACGUCGGCCUUUUCGAUCAUCGUCGAAGAAGAUCCCUCGCAAUCGACACGCGUGUGUUCUCCUUUAUCCCUAAGAAACAUGGUUCCACUACGAAGUUUCGUACUUCUUAACAGCCUCUUCCUUGUCUUAUUGGCAGCGCGAACAGUAGUGACUCGUGUUAUCGACAAGGACAACUCGGACAGGAUAGUCAAGACUCAGAAUGAUCAGAAUCUUUCCAAAGUACCCUUCAACCUUGAAGAAACCUACACUGCCGAUUUUCUAGCGUACGUCUUCAACGGCACUUGGACAUCGGACACCACGAUAGUUUAUACGGAUAGAAGGACCGGAGAUAUUCUUCAGUUCGACGUUAUCAAGCAACGAUCGACUCUGAUCGUCGAUUCAUCGGUUAUGGAUGCUUACAUAGUUUCGAAUUAUGUAUUAUCGCCGAAAGGACGAUAUCUUUUGAUCGGAUACGAUCUUAAAAAAGGAUACCGAUAUUCGACAUUCAUGAGAUACGUCAUUUAUGAUAUUGAACAUAGAGCAUAUCAUAAAAUUGGUAAUGACAUGCAUAUAGCGCUUGCCAAAUGGGCACCAUUAACAGACGAUUUAAUAUAUAUUCUCGACAACGAUAUUUACUACAUGCGUUUCUCUAACAACGGUUUUAAUGAUGUUCAAAGAGUGACGUAUGAUGGUAUUAGCGGAAUCGUUUACAAUGGCGUGCCUGAUUGGGUUUAUGAAGAGGAAGUGUUGCAGGAUUCAUCGGCAAUAUGGUUUUCACCGGAUGGAAAUCACCUAGCUUAUGCGUCUUUCGAUGACAGAAAUGUCCAGGAAAUCUUGUACCUUCAUUAUGGAGAACCCGGCAACCUCGAUGACCAAUAUCCCACGGAAGUGAAGAUUAAGUACCCCAAGGUUGGCACUCUGAAUCCUGUGGUAUCUUUGACGCUCGUCGAUCUUCACGAUCCAACGUUAAAUAAGAUCGAUUUGAAGGCCCCCAUUGACGCAGUUGGCACAGACAAUUUGCUGUACAAUGUUCAAUGGAAAGAUUUCGAUCAUGUGGUUGUUACGUGGUCGAAUCGCGUACAAAACAAAACUGAAAUAGUUUGGUACAAUAUGUACGGUGAAAUUGUUAAGACGUUGCACGUCGUUGAACACAAGGGAUGGUUGGAUAUUAAACAUCUAUUCUUCUACAAAGGUUCCGUUUACAUACGGAAGUUACAACCGUCUGGUACCAAGGCUGGAAGAUUUCAUCACGUGACGAGAUACGACGAAACUUUCAAACAAUCACCGACUCAAAUGGAUUUAACUCCAGAUGCUAUAGAGGUUCAAAAUAUUUGUACAAUCGACCAAUCCAAUGGCAGAAUUUACUAUUUAGCCAGUGGACUCGGGAAACCGUCCCAAAAAAAUUUAUAUUCUGUGCCUGCCGAUGGUAGCGAGAAACCUACUUGCAUAUCUUGCAACGUCCUGACGCCGGAAGGUAACGUCUGUACAUACGCAGAUGCGAUCUUCUCGCCACUUGGACAGUAUUACGUGUUAGUCUGUCAUGGUCCUGAUCCAGCUUUCGUUAGUAUUUUUAAUAAUGCUCACCAAAAAGUUUAUUCGUGGGAAAACAAUCUGUCUUUACGAAAGAAACUUGCAAAGCGACACUUACCUCUCGUCAAAGACUUGGACGUUCGAGCGAACGGAUACGAGAGCAAAGUCAGACUCUUUUUACCGCACAACUUCGACGAAAGUAAAUCGUAUCCGAUGUUGGUCAAUGUAUACGCUGGACCAAAUACGUUGAAAAUAAUCGACGCAGCUUCAUACGGUCAUCAAGUGUAUAUGACAACGAAUCGUAGCGUGAUCUAUGCUUAUAUAGAUGGUCGAGGAUCAUCGAAUAAGGGUAGCAAAAUGCUUUUCUCGAUUUAUAGAAAAUUAGGUACCGUUGAGGUUGAGGAUCAGAUCACUGUAACCAGACAACUUCAAGAAAUGUUUCCUUGGAUCGAUUCUAAGAGAACGGGAGUCUGGGGAUGGAGUUACGGUGGCUUUUCCACCGCUAUGAUUUUGGCAAAGGAUACAUCUUUUGUUUUCAAGUGCGGUAUAGCCAUAGCACCAGUAUCCUCUUGGAUUUAUUAUGAUUCGAUUUAUACUGAAAGAUUUAUGGGUUUUCCAACACCAGAGGACAAUCUUAGUGGUUACAAUGAAACGGACGUGUCAAGACGAGUGGAAGAUAUUCGAGGGAAGAAGUUUAUGUUGAUACAUGGUAGCGGUGAUGAUAACGUUCAUUAUCAACAAUCAUUGGCAUUGGCAAAGGCCCUAGAGAAAGCCGAUGUAAUGUUCGAACAGAUUACUUACACGGACGAAGCACAUGCGCUCUUUGGUGUCUUGCCUCACCUUUAUCAUACGAUGGAUAGAUUUUGGAGCGAUUGUUUCAGUCUGUCUCACGCUCACUGACUCCGAUAUUCCUUUUUCUUCAAUGAUCGAAAACAUCACUAAAAAGAAUAAUAGAACGAAACGUCAGACAGGGGAUUUGUAUUGUUCAAAAACGAUACAUAGAAAACUUCUCCCAGCGAAUUUCGAGAAACAUUUAUCUCGAAACGUCGAGUCGUUCAGUCGUUUCUUCGAUUCGAAUCAAAUCGGAUCAGAACUAUUGAGAUUUUUAAUUGAACUUAUCGUAUAUGGAACCAGUAAAAUUCUCUUUCGAUUGUUAUUCCCUAUGUAUUUUGAUAAUUAAAUUAUUUUUGAAUAUACAUAAA